GCUCUCUGGGUGGCAGCAUCCUCAAUGGUUGCGUGCCCACAGCGCGCUACACUUGUCAGUCGUUCAACGUUAUACGCGCCAAACGGUUCUGCAUCGGUACACUAUAUUUUUCAUAACCAAUCAAUCGCACAAUCACUCAAAAUUGAUCCCCAUUGCCUCCAGUGAAAUUCCGAGAAGAGAAAAAAUUUCCCCAAUAACAAAAACACAAGGUUCUAAUAAUUUUUUUCAUUCGCAUCAAAUGGUCAAUUAACAAUUUCUAAUUAACUACGAAGUGAUGGAUAAAUUCCCACAAUAACUCGUGAAUUAACGGAAACUACUGUAGUAAUUGGAAAGACAAUAGAGUGACGGACGCAUUCUAAUUAAAAAUCAAAUCAAAGUGUCGGAAUUGUUAUGGAAAUUGUUUUGUCCUUUAUCCAUUCAGUUUUCGUUGUUUGUGAUGUUUAAUUAAGGUAUUGCGAGUGAAGUGGAAAAAUAAAUAGUCGUACGCCACAGGAAUUGACAACACCAGUUACGAAGGGAUAUACAGUAGCAGUGACUCGUGUGUACAUUUGUCACAUUGCGAAAUAUCCUGAACAAAAGGCAGUACCAGAGUACAAGUUUAAUGCCACGACCGAAAUUUCACAUCACGUAUCCACUGAUGAAGAGGAACACUGGGGUAUCACGAUGCGGUACAUUUGAAACAAAGAAUCUUUUGUGAAAUAAAUUGGGAUUUGAUUGAGCAAUGGUGAAGACGAGCGUGAGAAAUUCCGAAAAAUCAUCACCAUCGCAGCUUCAUCGAAAUGAUCGCCACAUGUGAAUGACGAUCAAGGUUCCAAUUAUGGAGAUAUGCGUGAUUUCUGAGACACUGGGUGUAAGUGGAAAAUCCAUGAACGAUCGACUGUCGAAGAAGUGAGGGAAAUCAGUCAGUCGGGAUUUGGAUUGCACACGAUUUUGUCGGACGUUCAUAUUCGGUGGCAGGAGGCACUAAAUCAUGAGCAACGAUACUAAUGACACGGAUCCCUGGGGUGAUUACGAUAUCAAUGACUCGUUGAAUCAUUACGAUUGGGGGGAGUUGGCGCCGGUCGUCGUGAUUUACUCCAUUACCUUCAGUUUGGGAUUGAUUGGAAAUCUCGUAAUUAUCACUUCCACCCUCUGCCCGAAACUGAGACCACUUCCAUCGACGCCCACCAACAUAUUCCUGGGAGGUCUAGCCACUGCUGAUCUCAUAUUGAUCAUCUUCUGCAUUCCCGUCAAGGUCGCUAAACUAUUCUCCUACACCUGGGAGAUGGGUUGGUUCUUGUGUAAAUCUGUCCAUUAUAUGCAGAGUGUAUCAGCCAUCUGUUCAGUCCUCACCCUAACAGCGAUGUCCGUUGAAAGAUACUACGCAAUUGUACACCCAAUGAGGGCACAGUACACCUGCACCAUAAGUCAAGCCCGACGGAUCGUUCUCAUAACGUGGUUUGCCUCCUUUUUCCUCGCCGUUCCCAUUUGGUUUGCGCAGACACACAAAGAAGUCGGCGAACGCUACAAAUCCUACUGGUGCGUCCGGGAUUCGGAUCAAGAAACACUCUGGCGUAUUCACGAAGUUUACAUGCUCCUCCUCGUGCUCGCCGUGCCACUGGUGGUUAUGGCUUUCUGUUACACAGCAAUAUGCUGGGAGAUAUGGCGUGUCAUGAAGCGACGAUAUCACAUGACAUCCAGACACGCAUUGAACCCCUCGACGACCAGCAACAAUGUCACAAAUGGGGAGUGCAUACCGAUGACAGACAGGCGUCGGAGUGCGGAGCGUUCCCGACGUCUCCGAGGGCGUCGGGCCGACUCGAGAACCGAGAUGGAGUCACGUACGAUGAAGCAGGUCGUAAAAAUGCUCGUUGCUGUGGUGGUGUUAUUCGCCAUAUGCUGGAGUCCAAUGCUAAUAGAUAAUGUGUUAACGGCGUAUGGAGUCCUCCCACGGCUCAAGUCUGGGGUUAUAAAGCACAUGAAUACUGCAUUUCAACUUAUGGCGUAUUUUAACAGCUGCAUAAAUCCAAUAAUUUACGGAUUCAUGUCGAAACACUUCAGAGAGAGCUUUUUGGCUGCUGCCUGUGGCGCGUGGUGUUGCCUCAGGCAGAGGGUUUACUUUCCCCCUGUCAAGCGACAUACCAGCCUCAGCCAGACGAGAACGACGAGUGUCAGAUGGACCUGAUGAUGUCGACUUGGCGGAGAUUAAUUACCGUCAAUCCUAUACUUUUCCAAAGAUAAUUUAUGUACGUUUCUAUGUCUCUAAAUGCAAAUAAUUUGCAGCUAUUGCAGUGUUUGUAAAUGAAUUUUUUUAUCCUUCUCUGUUUUUAUAAAAAAGUCGUUAUCAAUUUUGUUGGUGAAUUUGUUGAUCAUGAAUGUUACAAGAGAAUUAAUUUUUUAUAAGAAUUCUGCAAGGGAAUGUGAAGGCUUUGCACAAAUAUUUUGCUUGAGUUAUUGACAAUUCCAUUUCCUCCUUCGUAUAUUCGAAGAUAUAAACAUUUGCCAAAGAAAGAUUUAUAAAAUGAAUCGAGAUAGUUGAUUAAUUAAUUUAUGAUGAUUGGCAAUACGCGGUGUAGUGAAGAAAUUGUAGAACAUGAUGAAGCUAUUUUUUAAUCUAAGGGAAUUUAAGGCUGGAGCAUUUCACCAAGUUUAGGGGAGAGUGAGGCAAUAUGGAACCGCCGAACAACGACUAUUUGACGCAAUCCAAGUAAAAAAAAAUUUAUCAUCUUUUUUUUAUUAUUGGGAGUACUGAUGAGAAUAAUAAUUUUCUAUUCGGCAGAAAUGAACAUGCGGGGCGAAAAAAUCAGUGAUAUUCGAAAUCUGUAUAGCGUAGCAACUACCUCCAGAGAUGAAUGACCCUAAUCAGUAGAAAUUUCAUAACUUCCGAAAAAACUCAUUAAAAAAUAUGAAAAAAAUUGUAUGCCCUACUGAUUUUAUCUAAAUGCAGACUCUGCCAUUUCUGACCAUGGGCAAAAUCCCUGAUUAGAGAAAAUUCACUCCUAUAGCUAACUGGAAAUAAAAAAUACGGCGCCGUGCCGCGACGCGACUAAUCGUGUCAUGGAAAUAUUUCACGCGGUGUAGCCACACUUGUGGCUGCCGGGAAAUCAGCGAGUCCACUCUCCGAAUGAAUUGUGGCAACGGCGCGCUCAGAUUUACAUUACGGCGGUAACGGCGGUACCCGCAGUUUCACGAGGGUAACGAAGGGUUAAUAAACAAAAGUUGAUGAAAAAAAAGUAGAUAAAAAAAUUUUUUUUUGCUUGAAUUGCGUCAAACAG